GUGGACUCUGUCGGACCCGGUUUGACGAGACUGUGAUCCGGAUCACGGGACCAUGAGUCAGAGCUUCAGCAGUUUCAGUUCAGCCUGGGACCCCUACAGUCUGACGUAGAAAAUGCAGAGUCAGCGCGUCAAAAAGACAGGAAAUGACAUCACCGAGACCAAGGCGCCCAUCAUCCCUCAGGUCAGGUACCACCCGUCCAUAAAGACGUCUGGAGCCGGAGGACAGGCUCAGACCAGGACCGGUAAAAACCAGAAGACCCGGUCUGCAGGUGCACGGUACCCUCAAAGGGGCGAGGUGGUCCAGAAGAACCAGGACAAGCAGAACCAGGGGAACUGUGGAGCCGGUGACAGCAGGUCGUCUCAGGUUCGUCAGGUUCUCCUCAAACCGUCUGCCGACACCGCAGCUAGACCCAAAUGCACUGAUCCAGAUCCUCAGGUGGUCUCCAGAUCCCCUCCCACUCCAGACCAGGUGCCCCUGGGUCUGGGAGUCCAUGUGGACAGGUCCGUGGUGGACCAGGUGGAGGUCCUGACCCGUGGACAGAGGACCAACCAGGACUGGUUUGAAUGGAGGAAGAACCGGAUCACGGCCUCCGUCGCCCAUCGCAUCGCUCACUGCCACUUUGUUCACGGAAAGACCAAGACCCCGCCCACCUCCUACCUGGCUGACAUCACAGGUGAGGGGCGGAGAGUCCAGACCAGGGCCAUGAGCUGGGGGGUGGAGCAGGAGGCAGAGGCGGUCCGCAGGUACCAGGGUCUGAAGAGCGCGGCGUUGCGUCGUCCGGUCUCCGUCCAGGACUGCGGUCUGUUCAUCGACGCUCACAGACCGUGGUUGGCUGCCAGUCCGGACGGCAUCGUGACGGACAGUCGAACCGGCCAAUGGCUGCUCUGUCUGGAGGUGAAGUGUCCCUACAAACACAGACACCGCCGGGUGGAGGACGCCUGCAGGGACAACCCCGACUUCUGUCUGCAGAUCGUGGACGAGGAUGGACAGAACGCCGCGAGGUGUCCUGGUCCACGCUACCGGCUGAAGUCGUCCCACAGUUACUUCACGCAGAUCCAGUGUCAGUUGGCCGUCACCGGUCUGAAGAAUGCUGACCUUGUGGUCUUCACCCUUAAGGAGACCGCUGUGGUCCCGGUGACCUUUGACCCUGAGCUGUGGGCAGAGACAGUGUCCAGGCUGGAGGUGUUCUACAGAGACGCUCUCCUGCCUCACCUUCAGCAGAAGACGGCAGCGUGGACACCAGAGCUGUAGAGCUGACCUCUGGGUCUACCUGGAAUGAUCUGUGUCAUAUUUUGACUGUAUUGAGUUCGUUGUUGGAUUCAGAUCAUUGAUCUUCAAAAACCUUCUGCUGUGAUGAAAUAGAACAUGUUUGACUCU